AUUUCUUCCUCCUAGAACUCGGUGGUUGGUGGAUUUGUAUCACAUUAUCUUCUGGAGAAAUCUCGGAUCUGCGUGCAAGGCAAAGAAGAGAGGAAUUAUCAUAUCUUUUACAGGCUUUGUGCCGGUGCUCCAGAAGACAUUAGAGAAAAACUGUAUCUAAGCUCUCCUGACAGUUUCAGGUAUCUAAAUCGAGGCUGCACGAGGUACUUUGCUACCAAAGAAACAGACAAGCAGAUUUUGCAAAAUCGCAAGAGUCCUGAGUAUCUUAAGGCAGGUUCCUUGAAGGAUCCGCUCUUAGAUGAUCAUGGAGACUUCAACAGAAUGUGCACAGCAAUGAAAAAGAUUGGACUGGAUGAUGCAGAAAAACUUGACCUUUUUCGAGUAGUGGCUGGUGUCCUUCACCUUGGAAAUAUUGAUUUUGAGGAAGCUGGAAGCACUUCAGGGGGCUGCACGCUGAAGGCGCGGAGCCAGCCGGCGCUGGAGUGCUGCGCGACGCUGCUGGGGCUGGACGAGGAGGACCUGCGCGUCAGCCUGACCACGCGCGUUAUGCUCACCACGGCAGGGGGCGCCAAAGGAACGGUCAUCAAGGUACCAUUGAAGGUGGAACAAGCAAACAAUGCUCGUGAUGCCUUGGCUAAAACAGUGUAUAGUCAUCUCUUUGACCAUGUGGUGAACAGAGUGAACCAGUGUUUUCCAUUUGAGACUUCUUCUUUCUUCAUUGGAGUUCUAGAUAUAGCUGGUUUUGAAUACUUUGAACACAACAGUUUUGAGCAAUUUUGUAUCAACUAUUGUAAUGAAAAACUGCAGCAAUUUUUUAACGAAAGGAUUCUGAAAGAGGAACAAGAACUUUACCAAAAAGAAGGCCUGGGGGUUAAUGAAGUACGCUAUGUAGAUAAUCAGGACUGUAUAGAUUUGAUUGAAGCAAAAUUAAUAGGUGUGCUGGAUAUUUUGGAUGAAGAAAAUCGUCUUCCUCAACCAAGUGACCAGCAUUUCACUUCAGUUGUGCACCAGAAACACAAGGACCAUUUCAGACUCUCUGUAGGUUAUUUGUGCUGGCUGUCCUCUUUAAUAAAACAGUUCUUGAAACAGUUGGUAGUAACACUCUAUUUAAUGAAAACCUUUCCUUAGAAAUUCCAUUCCACA